AUGAAUUCUCUGAUAGAUAGAGCCAAUAGUACAAGCUACUUUGGAGUUGCAGAAAAAAAGUGCCAUUGGAAAUACGACUGGUAUGCUACAACUUCUCCCGAGACAAGCAGUGGGAGUCAUACACACGCGAAUGCAGACUCUAGUCGUGGCAACGAGGAUGGUAAGCAUUCACUGAGGUUCAAGACUUGGCUGCGCUCCGAUAUGCCAGUUUUUGGUGGUUGGCCAGAUAUAGAGAAAUCGGACCUCUUCGACCUUUCAAAAUACACUACAAAUGCCAACAGCAGCUCAACCAAAGCAAAAAACGGUCAUACAAUUAAUACGGGGGCUGUUGGUGACAGUAUGACUGAGGAAGAUAUCAGGGGUGCCGUUGGAAAUUCCGAAUCUAUGAUCACUUUAUCGAGCUCCGCAGCUAACGCUAAUGCGGCACAACCAGAUUCAACUGCCUCUGCAGACACCAAGGAGGAGCCAAAGGUGCAAGCCGAGCACGUAAUGAAUGCAAAUAAUGAGGAUGAAAAGCCUCAGGCUGCAGAUGUUGAAGGCGAUGUGAACAUGGAGUAA